UUCGAUGACUCGUUCGAGCAUUUCGGUUGGUAACGGGCGAAUGAAACAUGUGCUGCACUAAGACCUGAAUCGAAGUUUUUUCUGGAAGAAACUUUAGCUCUUGAAUCUCUUCAGGUUACAUACCCAUUGAGCCAGAAAGUUCGAAAACGUCGGACCUUCUUGGAAUUGGAAUUGCUCAGGAGCCCGUAGAGCGAGGUGAUGUCGCUUGGGAAUGCCACGGUUAGCUCCAGCCCUGAUACAAAUGCCAUUUCUAACUGGAAUCUCCUCCAAAAAAAUAAUGCUGAGUUCUAGAAACAAUUUGAGGUCUCCGUAAGGCAUAAAGGUCACCACUUGGGGGUCUUUGGUCAAAAAUUCUUUUGGAAUUUAGAUCCGUUUAAGGAUAAGACUGGCUGCCAAGAAUCUCUGCGAUUGUUGCGACAUUAGACGCUGCUGUGGUUCAAUUGAAAGCUGUCAAAAACAACAACAAGAACGUAUUUUUUUGUUAGAGAGAAACUUCGACACAAACAAUAACUCGAAAGAGCGAAUGAGAGUAUGACAAAGGAGCGCAGAGCGAAUGAGCGAGCGCACAAACAACGAGUGUACAUAACGGCGUUGCUGUGCUGUGCUUCUGUGACUGCUCUCGACCUGCUUGCGCUUUUUAGAACACACCCAUCGGUUAACCGACUUUUGACAGUUGUGUGAAAGCACGGCAAAAUGAAAACAAAACUAACAACAACAAGAAGUAGGUGAAUGGAUGCUGCGAUAGGCGUGCACCAGCCGCACCGCUCAACCGCCCGAAUGGGUGAUUAUGUGUUGGUGCAUGUAUAUGUGUGUGUAGAUGUAUAUGUGUCUGUGUGGGUACAUCUAUAUAUUUAUAUGUGUGUGUGUAAGUAUAGAAAGCUAACGGCACCCAACUGACAAGCUUGACACGAAUGUCGCCGGAAGAACAGGCACAAAAGCGUGAUAAACAAAGCUGACGAUAAAGCAGAAGAACAAGACAAAGCGCAGAUGCAACAAUAAUAGCGACAACACAUAACGGCAUCCUAACGGUAUACACAAACACAUAUAUGUAUGAAUAUACAGGCCUAUCUACACUUGGCAGCGAAUGAAUUUGUAAGCAUAACGGAUAAACGUGCUGCCGAAAGUGGAAUUCGCAAAUUUGCUGGCUGCUGUAAGCGAAAAGCUUCGCAGGAUGAUUCAGUUGAUUUGGUUGGAGCGUACGCAGCGUUUGUUUAUCGCGACGGUGAAAUCGAAAAUAUUCCAAGCAACUAAGAAAUGCUUACUGUUUUUUUUGGAGAUGACUUAAAAAGGAAUUGCAAAAAUACAACAACAACAACAAUGUGAAAAUCAGAAGCAAAAGCAAGGAAAAUGAAAAAAACAACAACAAAAUAGAAUUUAAUAAAAAGUAAAAAAAAAAACAAAAACAAAUAUGUGAGUAAAACGAAGUGUGCAAACAACAACAAUAAAGAAAAAAAUAACUGAAAAUACAACAAGAAAAGAAAAAGUACUUAAAAGCAACAACAAUAAAGAAAUAGUUAAAAAUUUUGCAAAAUUAAAAAAACAACGUCAAAAUAAAAGCAAGUGAAAAGCAACAACAAUAACAACAAAACAUAAAAUAAAAAACAAGUGAAAAGCAAUAACAACAACAAUUUAAAUAAAACCAACAAGAAAAGUAAUAUAAAUAUAGUGAAAGCAACAACAACAACAAAAUUAAUAAAGUUAAGCAAAACAGCUACAACAACAACAAAAAUUAAAAAAAAAUGUUAAACAAAAAAGCUGCAACAACAGCAAAAUUAAAAAAGUUGAGUUAAAAACUACAACAACAACAAAUAAUAAAAUAUCAAAAAAUAGUAAAAAGCGCUCAAGCGGUGCACUUUCGUGUGGCAUGUGCUUUGCAAAUCUAAAAAAUUACACACUUACAUACCUAUAUACAUAUGUGUAUGUAUUGGUGAAAUGUGUGCGGUAGGACGCAGUGGCGCUUAACCAAAUACUACGCGCGUACGGUAAGUGUAUAGCAAGUGUGCAACCGAAAGCGUGGCGUGUGAAGUGAAAGAAAGUGAAAUAUGCCGUUAAGUGUUGGCACAAAAAAGAUUACGCCCAAAAAAAUGUUUUUUCCCCAAAGUGCUUGAAGUGAACUCCGAAUUUCGGCGCACUAGACGCGAAUUUGCGCAAAUUGCACAUGUGUGCGUGUUAUGUAUGUGUGUGUGAGAAAGCAAGUGCAACUACACAUACGUAAAUCUAUAUGUAACGGUAAAUAUUUUGCUGGCGAAAUGUCAGUUACGCCCGCGAAUACGCCAACAAAGCAGUAGUGGAGCGCUUGAAGCACACACAUACACACAACUAUAAGCAAGUUUAAUUACCCACUUUUAUGUGAGUGUGUGUGUGUAUGUAUACGAGAGUGUAGUGUAGUGUCGUGUGGCAAGUGUUAAAUAUGUGCCAGCCAGUCAGCUAGCGCGCUGAAGAUAAAUGCACGUGUAUAAGUGUUGCAGCAACGGCGGCUGUGGCAUGCUUUAAAUGAGUGCCGUGGCAUGCAACACCACGAGUGCCAGCAACAGCAGUGCGGCCGCAACAUUACACGACUGCCGUAGUAAAUAAAUGUGGCGUGUAGAAAAUUCUGUGGCAAACACACAUACAUACAUACUUAGUAGUGUAUACAUAGUAUAUGUACAUACCUACUAAUAUGUACAUAUAUACAUAUACGUGCGUGUUUUUAAAUAUGUGUUGGAAAAACGUAAGCGCGUAGCAAAGAUUUCGCGUGAAACGAGAUACAACAGCAGCAACAACAACAACAACAACAAAUGAAAAGUGGCUGAAAAACUCAUUGAUAAGACAUCGGUCAAAGCAAAAUAUACUUUCGUGUUGCCAACUAAUCGUUAUAAAAUGCACUCUGACUCUUCUCACAUUGAAAUAACAAAUCACUGAUAUGAAAAAAUAUUUGGCACAAUGUCACAACGGCUUGACAGCAUGAGAGUCACUGAUGAAAAUAACUUUCAUUUAGCAUUGCUAUAAUUACGAAAUAAUAUACGAAGGAAAAUGACGUCAGAAACCUAUUUGGAUUUGACCUUUGACCGCAGCGGAAAGAGUGGCAAACGCCCAAUCAGACCAAAAUUGCUGAAACUAACGGAUGUCACGAUGCCACAUCGCAGUCGGAAGAAGACCAAAGUCAAGAGCAAAGACCGGUCGGUGUCCUCAGUACGUGACCGCAUUUACGACGAUCCAGCAUACACAGACGAUAUCAGCCACCUGGCGAACCCACUACGCCGCAACAGCUGUUCGGGUAAAGCGGACGGCAAAGCGAAAUCCUUUGCCAGCGGCAAUACGGCGAGCAACUUGACGGCCAGUGGCAGCAGUUCGCUUGGUAAGCGCAGUAAAUUAUCCAAGGAAUUUUUGCAGCAAAAUAAAUUGCGCGAUGGUGGCGCCACCUAUGAGCGCGACGCAUCGAGUAGUUCAGAUGAGCCGCUACGUUCGGAGAGUCAAUCCAAAAGCGGCGCAACGGCAAGUAUCGGACGACGUGGACGCAGCCUAGAACGUAGCACUGCUGCUGCGGCUACAGAGGGCAAGAGUGGCGAGCGAAAACGUGAGAAGCGCGAACGCAGCAAUAAACAGAAAAGCAAUACGACGAGUGUGGAAAACAAUGCACUCACACAACACGCGGAAAUGCAACAAAAACAAGAUAGUUAUAUUGAAACCACAAACAACACGCGCGCGUCAAGCAAUCGACGGUCGAAAACGCAGUCAGCCAUGAUGACCAAACAGUAUAGCGAUGGCGCUGCAGCCGAUUUACAAUGGGCGGUCGAACAACAGCAAGCGCGCGAUGAGAUUUCAUCCAUGCACAGCGGUGCGUCUGCGGUGAAGGCUGUGGCAGCAACAAGCGCCGCAGGCGGUGCCAGCUCGAAAAUGCAAAUUGGCAGGCGCUUCUUGCGCGGUGAAAUCGGCAUUAAGAGUUUCAAUUACUACUUACUCAAGGAGGGUAUUAAGAGCUCGAAGCGCUUUGUGGAGAAGCAGCGCAACUCAUUCACCAGCGGCUUAGCGAGCGCGGCAAGUGGCAGCAAGAAGACGCACUCACGCAGCGAGGAGAAUAUCUAUGAGGAGAUUUUCUUCAAGGACGCGCCACCAUCCGAUGAUGAACAACAGCAGCAACUGCAACAAGAACAGCAACAGCAGCAGCAGCCACCACCGUUACCGCUGCAGCAAAGCAAUAACGCACAGACGCAUGCACAUACACAGCUGCAACAACAAACGCAACAAGCGCCGCACACACAACACGCACAUCAAGGCAGAGGCGCCGAAACGCCCAUAUCACAGUGCAGCGGCAGCGAGGAGGGUGUCUACGCCGACUGUGAACUCUGUCUGCAGCAAUGCACCAAGGAGAAUUGCGAAUAUUGCUACGCGCAGCAGGCAACGGCUGGCGCGGAUGAGCACGCGCAAAGCGCCAGUAAAAUACAGCGCGAUAUGGCCAAACCGUAUGCGGUCGUGCCAUUACAACAACAACACACGCUCAAUAAACUACCACAACAAUUCGAUGCGCCGGCGCGGCCAUUAAUCACACAAGCGCCUAGCGCCGCGCCCGCCGACUACAACAGCUCGAGUAGCAACGGCGGCAGGGCGAGCGCGCAACUACCCGCCGCGCACAUACUUGAGUUCCAAUCGUACAAUCCGAAUAAUCCGGGCGUUUACAAAAUAGAGACAACACCGGUGGCCAUUACCGGUGAAUACAAUCCGAUAUUGCAAUUUCAACAGUCGUCACCGUCGACAGGCACCGCAACAACAACAACGCCCAGCAUAGAGCUACAGCCGCUGGGUUUAGCGCAACAUGCGCCGAAUAUGGCGCAUCAACAACAACAGCAACCACAAUUGUUACAACAAGUAAGCUAUCAGCCUGCAGUACAUCACCAACAACAACAACAGCAGCAGCAACCCUUGAAACACUCAACCAACAGUUACCUACUGCAAACGGGCGGCGUUGGUGGCGGCGGCGCGCCAACCCAUCAGCACUACCAUCAAUCACCAACAGUGGUCACCAGCAGCGCCGGCAUACUCAUAACACAACAGCGCGCACGCGGCCAUCGUAUGGGCAGUCAUCAACACCAACAACAACACUCACAUUAUAUGCUCACUUACCAGGCGCCUGCAAUGGCCGCAGGUCCGCCUAUCUCCGGUGGCGGUGGCAUGCAACGCAUGAACACCAAAUCAUCAUCGUCCAGCGAUUCUUUGCAACAGCAUCAACAUUUGCAUAAAUACAAUACGAUGUCACGCCUUGAGGCGCAACAAGUGCUGUUGGGCGAUCCUUUCUAUGGCGGCGCCACUGUUGGACCGACGCAUUCGCUCAUGUUUGCCGCCAGCCGCCCUAUAGGCGGCUCACAAAUACUCGUCGAUUCGUACGAAUUGCCGCAAAUGUACAAAAGCGAUUCGCGCGCCUCCAUACUGAGCGAGUACUCGUUGCGCAGCAGUGACAACUCGCAUCGCUAUAAUCGCUUUCGUUACGCAGGCGGCGGCGGUGGCAGUUUCAGCGGCGUUGCUGGCGGUGGCGGGCAGGUGAGCGACUCCAGUCUGGGUGACUCACUGUUUUCCUGCACCUCCGCGCAGCGUCGCUACUUUGGCAGUUCGGAGAGUUGCCGCUUUGGUUUCGAGUGUCGGCGCUGCAGCUUGGAUGGCGGCGAGAAGUGCAGCUUCUCCGACACUUGUCGCUAUGAGUGCCGCAACUGCGAUUGCUCUUCCAGCUACUUCUCCUCGGACUUCGAUGAUAUGUAUGGCAGUGUAGCGGGCGCUGGUGGCUCGGCAGCCGCCCUUGCAGCACAGCGCAGCAGCGGCAUACCGCGCAAGACUGCGGCGGGCACACUGCCGCCAAGCGCUGGUAACGCGGAGUACGAGCGCAAGCAGGAACAACUCGACUUGAAGCAAAACAAGUAUGCGCAGGAUUUCUUUAAACAUGUGAAUGAUGUUAAGCGCAGCAUUUACCAGUCGGAGAUGCAACGCAAUGCAAGCGGCGCUGCCGAGUAUGCAGUCAGCAGCAAAUUUGAAAGUAAUCGCGCUAAAGCUGCUGAGCGCGGCGCUAAUGUGCAAGCGCCAGAAAGCAGUCCACGGCGCUACGCUGCCAAAGAUGCGCCGCAAAUAACUACAUUACCGCUGACCAAAGAGCGUUCGCGCACAGCGCGCGUCCCUGCUGGCACGCAUACGGACAGCUCGACUACGCCUACACCAGCGCCUCGCACUAGCUUGCAGCAGGCACAACCACAGCCCACACAACGCGCGUCGCGCCACUCAGCGGCAACAACUGCUUACGAGCGCCACAGCGAAUAUCCUUCAUUGGAUCGCCUGGUGGCAAGCGCCACGGGCGCCAUACCAAAAGCAACAACUGUGUGCUUGCAAAACGCUGGCGGCGCUAAGCAUAAAAGUAAUGCAACCAACACAUUGCCGACGACAACCAGUGAUAUUAAUAGCAAUAGUGAUCAACCGUUGCGCAGCGAACGCCAUAGUCCGCGUCACAGUCCGAAGCAUUUGAAAAUUACCGAUCGCCCACUCGGUUUGUCUGCCGCCUACGUGCAAACCACCGAUGCCGAAACGGUCAAGGCCAGCGCGCGCAAUACACGCGUCGCCGCUGAGGCGCUCACAAAUAAUAACAACAAUAAUAACAUCACUGUAGCAUUAGCCGAUGCCAAUCACAAUGAAGCGCCGGCAGCCGCUUUAUUGGGCGCCAGCACAGCUGGUAGCGCAGUUAGUGGCGGCGGCGGCAGCUCAAUGAAGCGUGAACCACGUUAUCUAAGCGUUGAGCACAAUACCGGAAGCGCACCUGCAGCGCAUACUAGUAAGCGCCAUCACCGCAGCUCUUCCGCCUCCAAACAGUCAUCACUGUCCGCGACGCGCCGUAGCAAGGACAUACCGGCGCCACCGCCGCCAUCGCCAGCCACCUACUCAGAUCUGCAGGAAUUGAAGGUGAACAUUGAGAACGCGCAGCAGCCAAAGCAACUGGAUGAGAUUGAGUUGAAAAAGUGCUCUGCUGAAAGACGCAAGAAGAAGCAUGCCAAAGCAGAUGGCGAAGCAGCCGAAAGUCAGUCGAAAAGGGAAAAAGAAAAAGAUGCCCAGCGCCAGCUGUCACUGCAAACAACUAAGGACGCGCAGUUAAGUCCGACCAGAAGUGGCAAACACGACACAGCCAAGGCGACAAAGUUAAGACUGCCAGCAACAGCAGCAACAACAGCAAUAAAAAAUGCUGACAGCUCUUUGCGUCAGGAUUUAUGUGAGCGCCCAGCUGUUGCAUUGCUGGCCGCCGCAAAAUCAUCUGUGGUUGCUGCGGUGGCUGUGGCAGGUGCUAAUUGCCUGCCACAUGCCGCAACGAAACAGCAGCAGCAACAACAACAACACUCACAUCUUCAAGAGCGCACACAUGACAAGCUGAACAAUGCAAAUUGCAAUAGCAAGCAUGCCGCAGAGGCAGUCAAGCAACUGGAAAUGUGCAACAACGCACAUGCCACAGAUGAUGAUGAUGUCUUUUAUGAUGCGCGCAGCGAGGACUCCGGUGGCACGGUGUCGAGCAGCUUGCUGCGCCGCCAAAAAGCAACAGCAGCGGCGUCCGCGGCAGUCAGUAGCGGCAGUGAGCGACGCGGCAAGGCAACAACGAGCCCUGAAUUCAACCGGGAGCAACAUAAAGCAGAAGAAGAAGCAGCAGCGCUAGGCGAAGAGCCAUCACAUGAACACAUAGCCAGCGGCAGCGACAUUAAAUUGGACACGGACAAUGCUGGCGCAGUGCAGUCGGUCGCUGCGAAUGACGAGGCCAAUGCGACCACAGUACAAACGAAAUCCAAGGACACGCUGGCGGCUAACAGCGAGAGCGUCAAAACUGAACGAACGAAAAGCGCAACGAGCAAAAUCAACAACAACAACAAGACGACGACGACCAACGGCGAAGCUGCCAAAAGUGCAGCAGCACAAGCUGAAGCAACGAAUGUGACAAAUGUUGCUGCAGCCGGAGCAACAGGGUACUCGGCGAUGGCAUUGAACCUGGGCGACGAGGCAAAUGCAGAAAAUGCGGCAACCUCGGCAACUACAACACAGUCAGGCAGUAGUGAGCAACACAAAAAUGUAGGCGGCAGUGGCGGCGCCUUGGAAGGUGGCAGCACCGGCAGCGGUCACCACAGUCGGCGAGAGAAGAAACGACGCGCCGCCACCAGCAGCAGCAGCCGAGAAUCGUCUGGCCGACAACAUAAAGCAGCCACCAUUCCGGCAAUGACUAUAAGUUGCGAUACAUGUUGCCAGAUGGAAUGUGAGCAAUACCAACAGCAACAACAACAACAACAGCAGCAGCAUACAUUGCUGUACUCACAGCCCAGCCGCCGCCAUGAGUCGCGUGCCGAAACGAAAACCAAAACAAGUAAAGCCGAAAGAGCGAACAAAAUAAAAGACGAAAAGUGGAGAGAGCGCGCCGUGGCAACAACAAAAGCUAGCGCUAAUGAGCAAGCAACAAUUGCGCCAACAACAGUGCCAGCGUUGAGUACGAGCACAAGCGUGUCAGCUGGGAAAGAGCGGGCAGACUCGCCGCUGUCGUCGUCGUCGCCGACAUGCGCAACAGCUAUGUUGACACGCGCGAGAGCCGAAGCACAAGAUACACAGCCAACUGUAGUAGAGACGCUGCAGCUGCCUGCCAUGGCAACAACAACAACAGUAAACACCACAAUUACAACAACUAGCACAGACAUGAUGCAGGCAAAGGCAGUAAUAGUGGAACAAAUUGGCGCGCAAAGUGCCAACAGCGAGCGCAACAUUGAGUCGCACACGCAACAUGUUGCUGAGCAUGUUGCCAACAGCGCUGUUGUUCAGAAUGUUGCCAACAGCGCUGCUGCCAACGAACAGUCUGUUGGCAAGUGCGUAGCAGACGAGGAACUCUCGGAAGUUUCCAGCGCAACAACAACAACAGCUACAACAACAAACGCCACCAUCAUUAUAACGCCAGCUGAAGCCACAGCAGCAACAACAACAAUAACAGAAACCAUUGCCGCUUUAGAGGAGGCUGUAGACUCGGGCGACGCCACAGUGGCCGCCAAACUGUUAACAGCCUCACCAGCAGCGCCAGCAACAUUAACGCCGACGCCAACGCUGGCAGUGACGUCAACAGCGCCAACUGGCGAAGCCAUCACCGCAACAACUUCGCCAUGCACCAGUGCGGCCAACUCGACGGUCAGUUGUAUUUCGGAUAUCGCAGGUGUCACUACGCCUUCGUACAGUUCCGCUAAUCUACCCACAAUAACCACUACAGCACAUUCAUCACUGGACUCCGAUCAACAAACUCCGCAACUGAAAGCGCCACGCGAUCAAGGUAAACGACCACCGCUCUACCGGCAGGACUACUCCACCUGCGUGGACUCGAGCGAAGCGCAGUCGGACGAUAGUCACCUAACGCGCGACUCUGUAACACGCGAAUCACAGAACGACGAACUCUCCUCCUCGACACACGACAAACUUGACGUCAGCACACUACCGUUACCCGCGUUACCGCCCAAAAAGCGACGUACACGCUUGCGCGCCAGUCCAUCGCGCCAUCAUAGCGGCAGCAGCAAUCGCCGUGGUUACGAGCAUGACACGGCUGCUGUUGGCGGCAGCGACGAACAGCGACACAGCAACAUAACAACUGGUGCGCUAAACUUGAAAGUAGCCAACAACGCGUCUGCUGGUGCUGGCAGCGGUAGUGGCGGCAGUUGUGGCGAAGCCACACCACACCUCUCCGCCUUUCAACAGUACGUGGCGAAGCGUCGCGAAAGUCUCGAGGCAUCAACGCGCAGCUUCAACGAAAAACUGGAAGCGCGUAGAAUGCAUUACCACAUGGGUGGUGGCGGCGGUAGCGCAACGGUAGGUGGGCCCGCGGCCGGCGGUGGCGCUCACAUGCCCACCUAUCUGUUUGGUGAACAUUAUUAUGGUGUGCCCGCGAAAGUAACGGGCGCGCGCAAGUCGACACAUGGCAAUAAAGAGGAGAUCUUUCUCAACAAAUCCGGCUGGGUGCAGGUGAACACAAAACGUAAUAGCGAGGAAAACCGCGGCGGCGUUGGCGUUAGCGGUGGCGCUGGCUAUCGUAACGCCAGCUAUGCGCAUCAAAAUGGCGGUAGUGUUGAUGGUGAGCGUGAACGCGAGCGCGAACGCGACCUGCGGCGUACAGUGCGCGUCAUACAAAUCGAUAAUACGCGACGUUCGGAUAGAGCGCGUCAAGCGCUACAGCAACAGCAACAAUAUUCGCUGGAUCCAGCAUUCAGUAUGGGUAAAUAUCCGGCCAGCAAAGUGGAGGAGCUGAUACAGCGCAAUCAAGCGCGCGCGGGCAACGCGGGCGGUCCGGUGUUUGUGACAACGCGCGACAAUGCUUUGCGUCCAGGCUAUCGAAUCGUCGAUCCGCAGCUGGCUAGCAUACUCAAUGAACGUCCCGGUUUCCUGCCAGUGCGUAAUUUACACGAUGCCGACUCCCCACCGCCCAUUACGCCCAUCCUCUCGCCACCUCCCGCUUUCCAAGAUAGCAGUAAAUCGAAAUAUGUUGACCGUCGUAAAACCAUACCGAUACGUCAACAUCAAUCAGCGUUAACCGCUAACAAUUUACUCGUAUCGAAUGUGAGUAACGGCGGCGCUGGCAAGGGUAUGGUGUUUUCACGCAGUUUUGAGUAUGAUGCGCGUCGCAAUGUGCCAGCCGACACUUAUGUCGAAACAUUUUCGCGCAGUUUCGAUGGUAAUCUGUCGGAGCGUCCACCACUGCAGCGCGAACGUUCGCCGAACUUCAGCACGCUCACCGGCAAUUCACCCAACUAUUUGACAAAGAAAGAUUCGGUCGGCGGCAGCAGCGGCAGUUUACGUAGCCGUGAUAAUUCGCCGAAGUAUCAGCACCCACAAACCACUGCCUAUUUGAACGCGUCCAUAAAGGAGGCGCCGCCCGCCUACAGUUUGGCUAGCGCGAAUGCGAAUGCGGGCGCCAGCAGUCGUUUUUCACCGCGUUCGCGUCAUGAGCGUUCGUUCGAGCGCUCGAAGAGCCACAAUGUGUUGGUGCGCUCGCGAAAGUCACAGUUCAGUCGCGGUUCCAGCGGUGGCGCAAUUGUGGGCAGUCAACAACAGCCAAUGGUCAGCGUGGGUAUGUCACGUUUUCGCAGUUUCGACACGACGGCGAGUCAGCGACUGAACUCAUGCGAUAGUGGCGCGAGAUCAGAUCUCUCUAACGACGAAUUGGAUUGCGAUGACGACGAAGGUUCGAAUGAAUUCCUCACCGCCAAUUAUCAUCACAGCAUAUCACCAUUGAAAACGCAACGACAACGUUCGCUAACGCCCGAACGUAACGAAUCGCAUAGCUCAUCGAGUAGCAUACGAAAGCAACGAUCGCUAACACCCGAAUCUCGAUCACUCACGCCAGAGGAUCGACGCCGAAAAGGCGGCUCACAAGCAUCGUUAAUGGGUUCACGACAGAAUUCGAGUUCACGCAGUAAUACGCUCGAACGUAAACAGCGUUUAACUGAAGGUCAACCCGCAACGAAUAUAUCGCGUAGCUCGUCAAGUUCAAGUUAUAGUGGCGGCGGCGGUGGGGUUGUAAGCGCUGAACAACUUGAUGGCGGAGUUAUUAAUGUCAGUGCUGCGGUUGGCAGUGUUACUGGCAUGCCGAAUACCGCUUUGGUAGGAGGUACUGUGGUCAAUACAGGUAUGGUGGCUUUGACCGGUAGUGGUGGACGUUCACAGCAUCGACGCUCGCUGGGGCGGAAUGCCAAGCAGGUGGAUGAGCAUCGUAUACGACGUUCGAGGUCUCUACAGCUCAGCGAACGUUCACCGAACCGUUCGCACAAAGUUAUCGUGUCCAUGGGACAAUCACAAGGGCCCGCCGUUACUUAUCACACACCAAACGCGCAGCCCACCUACCAACAAGCCGGGGUACGGAUCAGCAACGGAAACGCCAUGCCUGCGCGUCCACCCAUACGCACUAGCAGCAAAUCGCAGUCGCUACUACUGAGCGGCAACAACACGAGUGCCGGACGAACACGCAAUAAUGAUAUCGAUAAAAGUCGCUCCUUCGAUUUCGACUACUGCAAUUACAGCACACAAGUGGCGCUUAAGGGACACAGUCACGCCGUAAGCGGCGGCGGUGGCAACAACCCGAACGUGCCGCUUCGCUUGGACUUCGACAAGAGUCGCUCAUUCGACGAAGACUAUCGUGAUCCGUUAAACGCGAUCAGCAAUAAUUUGGCCACAGCCAACGGCAGUGGCAUGCGUUAUUUGCAAGCAAUCGCCGACCCCGGCAUGGGUGGCAACACUGGCAGCAAUAAUAAUAAUAGAAGCAGCCGGUUGCGACGCUCUUCACCCGUCGGCACGGGUAGUGGUGAACGCAACUCACGUUCACCACAAUCGUCGGGUUCAUCAUGCAACAAUCUCAAUAUACCACGACAAUCGACGAGUCCGCAAAAUUACGGCACACGCCUAUGUGAUCAUGAACUCACCUACGAUAUGUUGCGUAAAUCACUCGAUCGUUCACCGAUUAUGGAUUUUCGACGCGGCGAUAGUGGUGAAUAUGAUUUGCCGCCAGCGUUGUUGCGUAAUCGCGAAACAAUCAAUAGCGGCGGCAAUAGCGAAUUGAAUUUCUUCAAUAACGAUCAUAUCUACGAACAGCCGACCACAAGCAAAGCUUCGGUGAGUGCAACGGGCAGCUCGUUGAAGCAGCAACGUUCACUCGGUCAUACACACAGUCCCAGCGAGUCGCAGUACUCGCUGGAGCGUCAACACAGCAACACAACGGGACGUGAGAGCCAGCUGACGCCGGAGAGCGCAAGCGGUGCUGGCGAUUACCGUGGCGAGCAUAUCUAUCGGCAUCCGCAUACGCGCGAAUCGUCGCGAGAGAGCGCUGCACGCAGCGGUGGCAGCAGUCGCAACAGUCAAAAAUUGACCAACGCGAAAACGCCCACAGCAAGUAUGUCAACAUCAAGACCAAUUACAACAACAACUGUCAGGUGCAAUAAAAAUCCUUUAAAACGUCAAGAGGCAGUAUUAAAGUCGCAAACCACCUGUUCAUUUUGGCCACAUUGCGGCGCUUGCAAUCCGAAUGCUACGCCCCACACCCAACACGACGACGCCGCCUACGCCAAACGUCAAAUGUCACUGCAGGAACAAAAACAUUUGACAAUGAAUUGUCAGCGCGCAGCCGAAGUUGAUGUGCCACUACGUCGCUAUCACUCCGCACACGCGUCUAACGGUAUGGCCGCCGAGACAGUGUCGCAAAUGAGGAGAAGUGGGCGUGAAACGCAAAAAUCACCAUAUCCACCACACUUAAAACGGCACAAUUCCAACAUUUCUACUGUCAGUGUCAAUUCUAAUUUCAAUGUAGCGGGAAUGGAGCACAAAAAUAAUGGUUCAUUGGCAGGUGUCACCCGUAGUAAAACGCAGUGGACACUGUUAUGUAGCGGCGCUACACUUAUGGAUUGUAUCGAAGAAUCGCAUGCGAAGCCAACAAAAUAUAUUACAGAAAACAAAAACACUAAGCGCGGACUACCAACAAAGUCGGCUACCACCGACGCCGGCUCAAGUAAAAAUGACACUUUGACAAGUCGUGCUGCGGCAUCGUUUGCUGUCAAAUCAGCCAGCUUGCCGGUAACGGGCACUUCGUCGAUAUUUUUAGGCGAAUGCGAGAUGCCAAUAACGCGCGAACGCGAAACAUUCAGGCGUUAUAAUCAAGACGGUAAAGUACGCGAACGUCAAAGGGAAGUGGUAGGCGAAUGGGUGUGGAAACGUGCGUCUGAUAAUGCUCGGCAACCCAUUCGUCGUGCAACUGCCAGUGUCGACGACUACCGAACGAUAAGAGAUAAACGAAACAGCGAAUACAUCGAUUUCAACGCGAUGAAAUACCGAAGUCAGUCCGAGGAUGUAGGACUUUAUGGCGGCAACAUGGUGGCAAAUGCUUGUAAAACUAACAAAUCUAGACCGGCAGCUGCAGUUAAAGUAAUGGCAACAACAACAACAAAAACAAAAACCGCAACAUCAACAUCAGUAUUUGGCAAACAUGCAAAACCAUUGCCAACAAGAACAACCAGCACAACUGCAACGUGCGGCAUGCCACAUUUGAGAGAACGCUAUUGGCGCAGCAGCUCACUGCCGAAUAUAUGGUUACCGAGUCACGGUUCACCCAAAGCCAAAAAUCCCAUUGCAUUACCAACAGUUAAUGAUGUGAAAAGCAGUUAUGCGCCGAAUUUGACCCACCAAAUGCGGGCCGUCUCGAGCCCUUCCCUCACGGAUGCUCUACAGGAGGAGCUCAACUACGCUUCCGUUGGUCCUGCUGCCGCUCCAGCCGUAUUUAACACGCAUACAGAAGAUUCCGGUGCCUCCGGUGAGUCCACACCGACAAUGGUCACGGCAGCAACAAAUAAUCAAAGCAACAGCAGCAGUACCAGCAAUAACAAUAACAACAGCGUCCGACCAUUAGGAAGCCUGCCGAGUAGUCAAAGUGUGGGUGUGUUGCAGAAAUUCAAACGCACGCUCACCAAUUUCAAUAAGCCGACGCAACAGCAGCAGCAACAACAACAGCAGCAGUCGCAACAUAUAACAAGCAGCAAUAGCACACAAGCGCUUGUCAUGAGCAACUCAACGUCGUCUACAAGCGCCACCAUAGCGGGUGGUGGUAGUGCCGGUGGCAUCAAUGCGAUUGCCAGUGAAAAUCAAUCCGAUCAAUCCACGGCGAAUGUCGCACUCGAGGGUACAGCGGGCAAAUACCGUUUUGGUCCGCUAAUAUGGCGCUCAUCGAAGGAGCGUCGCAAGACGAAGUACAAUCGUCGUGAUAAGUGCAAUAGCGGUGACUCGGGCAUACAAAUCGAGCUGGACAAUGAUGAGCAAUUCUCGCGCAUUAUGCUGCCGGCGAAUUGUAUUGGCGGUGGUGGGGGUGUUGUUGGUGGUGUCAGUGCGGCCACUUCGGGUGCAACGGCCUCGGCGACAUCGGCACAACGCAUUGCAAAUGAGAAGGUCACGCAGAAAAUGCGCACUGUGCGACGCGCCAACUCAGCCAAAGCCACCAGCAUGACAGAUCAGUCAGCAACAGCAGCACUCAAUGCCAAAGCAAAGAUACUCAAACGCAUGGAAAUGUACGGCGGCAGCAUGGAACGGGAGGCGCCCGAAUCGCUACCGGCGCGCUCGCUAAGUCAACCCAAUGGCUUGGAUACGUGCGGCAUUGGCCGAACAACUGGCGAUAUGGAAGACAGUGAUAGCGACAGCGUAACCUCACAUGAAGAAGCGCCCAACUACUAUCCGAUUUAUGCUGAAGUGCUGUACAGCUUCACGGCGGCCGGUCCCCAGGAGCUCGGUCUCGAACGUGGCACACUAAUCGAAGUGCUGCGCAAAGAGGUCGGUCCCUGGUGGUUUGGACGCAUACGCAAAGAUGAUAAUAAUACGCUAGUCGAAGAGAUACUCGACCCCGAACUCGGUUGGUUCCCCAAGGAGUUCGUGCGCGUCAUACAGUGUCCCAAAACGGAUGUGUUCUUCCUUUCGCAAAUGUCGACAAAUGCCCCCACAAGCGCUUGCAAUACACAACAACAAGCUGUAACAACAAAAAGUGGCAGUUUUAGGAAAUUUACAAAAGCAAAUACAGCAGCCACAACAACACCUCCAACAGACUCGACCACCACAACAAUGCCGCAAUCAUCAACAGUCACAAUGAGCUCCAUUUCCACGGCUGACUCCACAGUCGAUUUGGAUGCGACCAUUGUGGAUGAGAAUAAUGUGACGACCAUUGUGAUUGAAUCACCCUCGUACGCGAGCUUCACCAAUGCGCCCUGCAACGACAGCAGUCACGCGCCACUCAGCGUUAGCGGUGGUAGUGGCGUCGCAGCAGACUCUUCGAAUCCCUCAAAUGCGCUGGCUCCAUCGCGCAGCAUUAAUGUGAUACUCGACAGCGCGGAUAUGCUGCGUCGCAGCGCGGUCAAAGAGUUGCUCGACACCGAGGUUAACUAUGUCAAGCUGUUGGCCGCCAUUUGUGAGGGGUAUUUGCCGGCAAUGAGCAAGCGCAUCGACAUAUUUUCGCCGAAUAGCAUUCGUUUGAUUUUCUCAAACAUCACGGCGAUCUACAAGUUUCAGCGUAAAUUUCUCGAGGCUUUGCGAAAGGGCAUCGAACAGAAUCAAGUGGCUAAAGUAUUCUUGAAAAUGCACAAGGGUUUUCUCUGCUACUCGACCUAUUGCAAUGCAUAUCCACGUGCACUCAUAGAAUUGGAGACUUACGAUCGCAUCAAAGAUGCUAGAACUAUUUUAGACAAUUGCCGCGAAUCGGAGAACCUUGCUGAGCUCCCACUCUCCGCACAUCUCUUGGCACCCGUACAGCGUAUCUGUCGCUAUCCACUACAUCUCAGCGAAAUACUCAAGGGCGCAACCAAAUGUGGCGAAAUGCCCGAGCAUGAACUGGGCGAGUACGAGCAAAUAGAUGUCAGUCAAUUGGAUAUACCCGAUACAUAUGAGAAAAUCGAUUUAGCAUUGGAGGCAAUGCGCGGCAUAACAGAGGCGGUGAAUGAAGGCAAACGUCAUAGCGAGACAAUUGCGCGCCACCAGGCCAGUUUCCAGAACUUCAAAGGUCCACCACUGCACUUGCACAGCACGCGCUUCUUCCUGCAAAUCGACGCCACGCGUCAAAAGCAAAAUCUCUGGAACAGCAGCUGCACGCUCUUCCUCUUCGACAACCAGCUGAUCUACUGCAAGCGUGACAUCAUCAAACGCAGUCACUUCAUUUACAAGGGACGCAUCUUUCUCGAUCGUUGUCGCGUAGUAAACGUGCGUGACGGCAAAAUGUUCGGACACAAUAUACGCAACUCGUUGCGCAUUUACUGUGAAGCGCGUGACAAGUGGUUCGAUUUCAGCUUCCGCUCGGCCAAUCGCAAGCAUCGCUUCCUCAGCACGCUGGCAUUGGAGCGGCAAUUUGGCGGCAAGGCUUUCUAUGUCUCCGAAAUGACCGGUUUCGAGUACGCCUACGAUGAGCGCGACUACUCGGAUCAAUCCGACUACGAGUUGCCCGAGUGCGAAAACAGUAACAGCAGCGGAGGUGGUGGUAAUGGCGCUGCUGCCGGAGUAGGAGCUAACGCUGGUUUGUCUGGCGCAACGCGUCACUGGUCCAUGGCGGAUGUGAGCACGGCUAAUGCAGGCGGCGCUUCGGCAACCAGCGGUGAUAGUUCGGUACCGGAAUCGCCAGUCAAACACAAAUACAGCGACACUUUGCCGAAGAAAUCGCAAACACGUGACGCUUGUGGCGGCAGCGGCACCGUCAGCGAAAGUCAGACGGGCUCACUGGGACGCCGACGUUUGGGUAAUUGGUUCCGCAAGCCGAAGAGCAGCAACUCAACGCCGAAUCACUCGCCCACGCACAAGGCCAACGAGCUGACGGCGGGUCUAGUGGGUGGCAGUGAGAAUAAUAUCUCGAUUAAUUUGGGUAGCGGAAAUUAUAUAUCGUCGGGCUCGUCGGCGUGAAUGCUCGGCUGUGAGUCAAUAACAUUUUUGAAGCAUUAAAAAGAAAAAAAUUAAAUGAAUCUCUCAUGAAAUACUUAAGCACUCGUGUCACAGCGUUACACGAGGCGCGCAUUUUACGACACACAUACAUACAUGCAGUUGUUAUAUAACGACAAAUGCAAAUAUUAAAAGCUAAUGCAAGCAUAACUUGCGUACACACUGUGCAACUAUGUAUUUGCUCUGUAAAAGUCAAUUAUGUAUGCAAAUACAGGUGAUUGCUUUUGUUAUUGUUGAAAUAUUUUAUAAAAAAAUUUAAAAAAAAAUUCUGCUAAAAAAGCAGUGGUUUUAUUACAAGACACAAGCAGCGCGAUAUGUCAACAAUAGUGUAGUGGUGAUUUUCGAAAAUUUUACAAUAAAAAAUUGAAAAAAAAAAUUAAGUAUUGAAAAAUUAUAAGACAACAAUGCAACAAAUAGUCAGUUCAUGUCAUAGUCAUUACAAAAACUUAAGACAUUGCAUUAAAAUUGUUUGUGUAUAGGUUUCGUUGUGUAGUGGUCACAUGCGUAUGGACGUAUGCUGUAUAAGUGAAAAUUCUCAAAUAUUGUGCUGAAUACUUCAAAGCAAUUGGUAGAGUAAAUUUUAACAUUUUUCUAAAUGUACAACACUUUUAUGCCAAACUGUACUCUACUACCCCCCGUUUUCCUUUAUAAAAUUUAAAGUAAAAAAAAAAAAUUUAGCGAAAAUUAAUGACAUUGAAAAAUGAGUGUUAACAUGAAAAGCAAUUGUUUAGUGUGAAUAAAAACAAACGUUUAUUGUUUAAAUAGAAGUAGAAAUGUAAGUGCACACACACAUAUAUACAAAUAUGCAAUAAAGCAGUGCACACAUACACAUGCCAAACAAGAAAACCAUAGUUACAGUUAUGUGUUAUGAAAAAUUAUUGCAGAAAAAUACUAAAAUAAAAAUUUAAAAAAUACGAAAAUAAAAACAACAACUCAACAACAGUUAUAACGCCGAUGUGAAUUGUUUUAAAUUUGUUUAAAAAUAAAAUUCGUUAUUAAAUAUGGUUAAUUAAAUGAAUAAAAUAAAAAUAUAAAUACUCUACGAUUAAAGCCAAACAUUAUUUUAUGAGAGUAUUUUAUGAAAAACAAUAUAUUUUAUAAAACGAAAAAUGCAAAUGUUUUAUAAAAUAUUGUAAAUACAAGAAAUCAAAGCUGUUUACAUAGAAGAAAGCGUUAUUUGUAUAUUAACUUAAGUGUAAAUUAUGCAUACGUAUACACACAUACAAAUGUAAUACCAUAGUUAUUGUUAAAACAAAAAUUAUUAAAAUUAAAAAAUAAAAAAAUAAAAAUUAAAAAAGUUAAAAUAAAAAAAUGAAAAAAAUUGGAUAUUAAAAUUAGAAAACAAAAAAUAAAAAUUAAAAUAAAAAUAAUUAUGAAAGAAUUAAGAAAUUAAAUAAAAAAUUAAAAAUAAAACUAUAAAAUAUUAAAAAUUAGUAACUUAAAAUUAAAAUAAUUAAUAAUUAAAUAAUAACAUAAAAAAAUAAAACUAUAAUUAAAGAAUUAUAAUUAAAAAAUAAAAAAUUAAAAACCAAAAUUUAAUAAUUUUAGCAACUAUACUCGAACCAAUUUCGAAAACUAGAAAGUCUGUAACUGUAAAAGUAACAAAUAACCAUUUAAAACACAUUAUUAUUAUUUAUUUAUUAUUUUAUGUAAAAUUAAUUAUUUAACAAUUUGCUGUUGUAUUUUUUAUUAAUGUUUAAGUUUUCGCUUAAGUUAAAUUGCUUAUUAAUAAAAAUUAAAAAUCAUAUACUCAUACAAUAAAAAAAGACUUUUAUUUGUGCAAAACAGAAAAUAGUUUUAAUUUAUUUAUACGAAAAAAAUUUAAUUUCUAAUAAAUUAGCUUUUCAAGCAUAUUUUCCAAACUACAAACGGUCUAAAACAGUAAACUAUAGCCACUAGUGAACUUGAUGAGAGCAGAAUUGAACUCUAGCUAUUAGCAAACAGCACAAAAAGCAGCAAUAUACAUACAAACAAAUAGCAAAUAUUUCAAAAACAAAAAAAAAACAUUUAACAAACAAUAAAAAUAUUGAAAAAAAAACAAUAAAAUAUUUAGCAAACGAAAAAAUAUUUAACACAAAAAAAUAAACAAAAAACAUUUAAUAAAAAAGUAUACAAAAAAUAAUAUUAAACAAAAAAAAUUAAAAAAAAAAACAUUUAAGAAAAACAAUUCAACAAAAAAAUUCAACAAAAAAUAUUUAACAAAAAAAAACUUCACAAAAACUAUUUUGGUAAAAAAUAAACAGUUAAACAGCAACAAAAUAAACAAUAAAAUUAAAUAACCGUUAAGCGUCUGCGUUGCACUGCAAACAAUUUUAACUGCGUUGCAUUAAGCACACACACACGCACGCAUUUUUUGCAAAAUAAAGUAAUAUUCGUUUAACGUUUGCAGCAUUUUACAAAAACAAAAGCAAAAUAUAACAAUAAUUAUAAAUAAACAGUUAAGCCAAAGAAACUCAAUACAGCGCCACAAUAGAGUAAAUAUUUGCAGCAAUAAUUAAAGAAAGUAAUCAAAUAAACAACAACAGCAAAUGCAACACGGCAACCUACCCACAGUAUUUACUUAAUUGUAGAGGCAAAAAUACACACAUAUACUAUAAGUACAUAAAUUAUUAACUAUAUACACAUACAGCAACACACACACACGCGCAUAUUUGGUAGUCAACAUUUGAAAUGAAAAUAAUCAUUGCGAUGGUAGAGAAAUGCUUACAAAUCAGAUUGACAUGAAAAAAUCAAUACAACAACAAAAAAUUCAUCAAAUUUAUACAGUAUGCAGAAACACUCAAAUGUUUUUGAACUCUGAAAAUUUUACAUAAACUUGAAAAACCUUUGUUUUGAGUUUAUUUCCAUCUUGGUCUACUAUAUACCAUAUUUUGGUCUCCUCUUUUACUAAAAAAUUAGAUAUAAAUAGUUCUGUUAAAUGGAUGCCUAAAAAAUUACCAAAUUCGAAUACUCUAUAUCAAUAUAACAUUUCAAUAAUGGUUCAGUGGUGCGAAGCUUCGAAGCAUUCAAAUCAUUUUAUUGUUCGUUUAUUGCCUUUUGUCUUCCUCUUUUUCCGCCGAGCCACUUUUUGAGUCUGAGAAAGAGAAAAUAAUAACUGGGGACGAAGUUUGGCGAAUGGGAGACUAGUUCAUUGCUUAUCUCACACAAUUCUUCGGUUAGAUCAGAGGAAGGAAGAGGGAACGAUUUCCAAAAACGCGGUACCCAACACGGCAAAGCCUUUUAACUUAUAAAAGUUGCUCAAUAAUAUGGUCCAGGAGUUCUUUAUAGAGUCUUCGCGGAUUUUUCCGAAUCUUCUGAUGUUACUGCAAAUUGGGGUGCAUCAUUUGCAAAAGAUUACUAUUUUCAGAUAAGGAUCGAGACUUUUUGAUUGUAGCGUGAGCUCUAGGUCAAACUAAAUAUUUUUGAAUAGAUCAAAAGAUCUAUCUUGAAAAUUUUACUUCUAAUAAAAGAAGUUGAACCCAGUCUUGAAACCCAAAAACCCCCUGCACUGACAUAAUGCACAUCAUCUAAGCAAAAUAUGAAUUCGACUUCAAGAACUUUCUUUUAAAGACCAAAAACAAGAAAAUGUAUACUCCGUGGUCUCUCGGAUAUCAAUGAAAUUCUUUAUUCCAGUGAAAGUGCAUUCGAUGCCAUUACGCAUGGAACUCGAUUUCUUUUGCAUGGCCACCACGGGCACGCUUGUAGAAAUCCAGACGCUGAACCCAGUUUUCGACGGUUUUCAAACAUAAAUCGGCCGAUACUGCUGCAAUUUUAACGUUCGAUAUUCGUACAAAGUCCAUCAAUCGUCGCUGGCUUAUUGGCAAAGACCAUGACUUGACGUAGCCCCAUAGGAAAUAGUCGCACGACCGAGGCGGCCAAUUGCUUAGGCCAUUUCGUAAGAUAACACGUUCACCAAACUUGGUUUUCAAUAAAUCGAUUGUGACAUUAUUUGUGUGACUUGUGGCGCCGUCCUGUUGAAAUCAUAUAUUGUCCAAGUCCAUAUCAUCCCAUUCGGUUAUCAAUUAGCGGUAGCGAUUCCCAUUCACAGUAACGUGAAUCUUCCGUCUUGAUCAUCAUGGAAGAAGUACGGCCCAAUGACGCUGCCGGCCCAUAAACCGCACCAAACCGUAUUUUUUCGGGAGUACGUGUGGAUUGCUGCCCGACCAAUAACGCAUAUUUUGUGUCUCAACGAAACCAUUCAACCAGAAAUGAGCUUCGUCGCUGAAGAUGAUUUUUGGAUGAAAAUCCGGCUCAUUUUCAAGUUGUUGCACAGCUCAAUUCAUGAACAAACGAUGAUUCUCGUAUCUUCGACACUACGGGCACUUUUUUGUCUCACUGGCACUGUAACAUUUUGUACUGUGCUUGUGGAUUCAAAUUUUUCCAGUAAACACUCAAUUGUUGAUCUGACAGUCCGAUUAUGACACCAUAAAUUGGACGUAGCGUUCUUAAAGUUAAGGCCACUGACUCGGAAUUUCGGUAGUAAUUUUUAAUAAUUUCUUACUCGUUGUUGGAUCGUAUAUCUUUUCAUGAUGAAAUGGCAAACCUUACUGAAGAUAAAUGUCAAAAGAACGGGAAAAAAAUAAGGCUUCGUUUGCUGUCACAAUCAGUCUAAUGUUUGCCCUGUGCGUAUAUCAUAUAUGUAUAUGUAAUUAGUCCGUCAUCCUAUCUCACUAAUUUUUUUUCCUUUCUAAACACUUGUUUUUUCGGUUGAAAUUUUACCUCUUCUAUGAUCUUAUAUGUUUCACCUAAAAGUGUGGCAAUGAUUAUCGAUUCAUUUUCAGUGAACUUAUGCGAAGUCUUUCCUAAAAUAUAUGCCUCGUAAUAGUCUGGCCUAUUGAAAAUUAAUUAAGAGACAUAUUCUUUAUAAACCGUCCUAAUCAGAGAUUAUGAAAUUCCGCUCCCUGUUUUAUUUGAUAUACAUAUGUAAGUUCUGCACAAACCACUUUGGUUAUGACAAGCAUAGAAUUCGAUGUCUUUUUGGAUGAAAGCCUUAUCUUUUCACACUUCAACUAAUUACGGUGAAAACCAAGCAGUGUUACGAGAAAAAUGGAGAAACAACUUACUCUUAUAAGAGCGAAACUAGUUCUAUGGUAAGACUUUCGUUCCGAAGCCGAUUUUUUUCCUUUUCUUGUCAAUAAUGCUAAAGGCAGUGAUAUAGCAGAUUCUUUGAAUCUCUGAAGUUCGAUGCAUUACUAAUUUUUGACAAGGGGAGUCCUUCAUCUAACCACAAAACCAUUAGCGUAUAUAUCUCUCAGGCUUGGGUUCGUUCGAACUUUAUAAAUAUAUACUUUUCGAAAGCUUCAAGCGUCGAUUCAAUCAAUCUUGUCGCCGUCGGACCUUCUGCAACAUAUUUUUGUGAAAAAUUUCAUUUAAAGCAGAACCUUUUCUUUCUCUCAAUGUUUUACAAGAUAUGCUACUUUUUGGAUCAAUUAGUAUCCUAAUUACUAUGCAAAAGUUGAGCCUAAGGUAGGUAAGCUGCCUUAUAUCCAUACAAUUGAACACAAGAUAACUCAACUUAACAAAGACACUGAAUUUGAUUGCCUAAACAACUAUGUAUCAACUCAUUUUCCUUUCACCCCUACCAUUAGUUUAUUAGAUCAGCAAUUAUAUAAAUUAAUUAAGUCUUAAUUAGGCAAAAAUCAGAAAUACUGCUUGGAAAGCAAUAUUUAUUAUACGAUAAGUGAAAAGCUAGAAAUUAUCGAAUUUAAUUACUAUAUAAAAAUAAUUUGGAGACAUUAGGGUGUGCAUUAAGCAAUUGAUCGUCAGCAUGCUUAUUGGAAUUUUGCAUACAUAAGUAUGAAUGAAAUUAAUUAACUGAAGUAAUUUGGAACAAGGAAUGCUUCAAUUGCUUCGUUAAAAUGCAGAGACCCUGUCGGAAAUUGAGGAACUUUGUUAUAAAUAGAACAAACUACUAAACGCCAAUGGCAGUUUCUAAGAAUUGAUUUAGGAAUUAAAAAUUUUGCUAUGCGUUUAAGCAGUGUUAGUCAAAAUUUCAAUUAAAUACUAAUGAAAAUUAACAAAAACGCCAAAAUUAAAUAACUAAUUUAAGCAAUUCACUAUAUAAUAGUAGACUUAUGUAUAUGUACAGUUAUACUCAUAAACUAAGUUAAUGUUUAAGUAGUACUCUAUAGUUGAGGUAAUAAAUUGGUAUUUAAAUAAGAGAAAUGGAAAAUAAACAUUUUACAUACAUUAUUUAAAACCAGGCUCAAUGAAAAAUUUGAAGUAUGGGAUGUAGGAUCCGUGCUUCAAAGUUUGAAAUGUGUCCAAUUAAUGGCAAAAAUUAUCUACCGUCAUCACUGAAGAUUCAGAAUACCUGAUUUUAUAAUUUAGAGCUCACUUUUCCAAAUGAAGAAGAUGCUGUAUCUGAUCAAAACUGACCCGGACUGACAAAAAAAAUAUUUUUAAGUAUCCUAAUACAAAUAUUUAUUAUCGCAUUCUAUAUGUAAUCUCUUUUGUGCAGAGAAAGAGAGAGGGGAUGGGUUGGUGGUUACAAUUCCGGCCGGGACCGGUUCUCAGAGGGUCCUGGUGCUGUGUAACAAUUUUUUUCAGAUUGUUUUCUUCAACAGUUGGCUGCAAGCAUCCCCUACUCGACGUCGAUAUUGUAAAAGAUUCAGGUUUCUUGGUACGAGUCGAACAUUGACACGCUACAUACCCAAAACAUUAACCAAAAUAUGUUAAAUCGGUCCAUAAGAAAUACUGAGAUCGUCCGCUCUCUCUCCGAUGUCAACACGAUCAUUUUCAAGCACUGUUUCUUUAUUUUUUCUACAUUAUCGUCUUUAACCGAGGUGGAUGGAUGACUUCCCGAUCUUUUUAACCACAGAUACAAAAUCAGUCUAGACGUGUUAACCCUAUAUUUACGUCACUUAUUUUGACAAAAAACUAAAAUUGAAUAUAAAGAGAAAGUACGGAGUUAUUUUAAAAGGCUUCGCGACUUUCUUUCGUAAAUCUUUCUAAUUAUUAAUUAAAGAAUCACUAAAAUAGACUGCAAGCAAAAUUUGGCUACUCAAAUUCAAUUAAGAAUACACCGAUACACGCACGCACACAUUCAGUUGUAGAGAAAUGUAUGUAUGUAUAGACAAAUAUAGUAUAUUCCCGACUGAUUGUAAGCAAUUCUUAAGAAUCAGUUGAAGAAUUAGCAAUACAAAAACAAAAUAUUCUCACAACAACCACAGUUUCUGCUAUUUACAGCCGUACAUAAUAACAACAUACAUAUAUACACACUUGAAUAUAAAUAUACAUAGAUAUGUAUACGUUAUACUAUAGGUUACUAAAACUUCUAUAUGCAUAAUUAUAUAAAAAAUAUGAGAACUGUAUACAAAUAUAUACGAACAAAAGAUAUGCCAAAUAAAACGAUAAAAAAUAAUAAAUUA